AUGAAUAACCCAUCGCCUGAUAACGACCUCGACCCGCUGAAUCGGUUCUGGUCAUUGUACCUGAAGCAGGCCGAUAUGAAAGACAGAGAACGUUCCGAGAGAUGGAAAGGAGAUACCGAAGGAAUAUUGAUCUUCGUGCGUGAUAUGUCUGUCAUCUCCGGCAGUGUUCAGGCGAUGACGAGGCGACAGACAGGUCUCUUUGCCUCUACUGUCGCGAGUUUUGUCAUAGCGAGCUAUCCCGCGCUGUCACCUGAUUCUGGAGAGGAGACUGUAGCCCUCCUCAGACAGCUCGUCACACUCAUGAACGCGACUCAUCCUACCGACGUUCCUGCCCCACAUAGUGCACCUGCUUUCUCCGCAUCUACCACCGACGUUUGGGUCAACGCUCUUUGGUUUGUGUCACUCAUAGUCUCCAUAUCGUGCGCCCUUCUUGCCAUCAUGAUUCAACAAUGGAUUCGCCAAUACUCUCUGGACACGCAUCGGGGCAUAACUCCAAGCGCCCGAGGGCCGAUACAGUCUCUAUUGUGCACCGGGACCCAAAGAUUCAAGAUGGAGGACGCUCUUGAGCUAGUGACGUUGUUUGUGCAUGUCUCGGUGGCGCUUUUCUUCGCUGGUCUCAUCGUGCAACUGAAAUCUCUCAAUGGCGUUAUCGGCACUGCAGCUACAACCCUUGCAUCCUUCAUUGCGGCCGCAUACAUUGCUCUUUCAAUCCUGCCGCUUAUUUACCUCGAAUGCCCGUACCGCACGCCUCUCACAGCCAUUACUGACUUGGCAAUUGUUCUAUCCAUCACCUUUUGCACGAACGUGGCGAGUGGUGUCGAUGCCCUUAUACCCUUCAUAGUUGCUAAACCCAAGCAUCUCAAUGUGAACCCCAGGCUUGCUACUUACUGGAAGGGAAGACUAGAGAUAUGUAGACGUGACCGCGCGGAACUACUCAAAGCGAGGGCCGUUCAUCUCCCUUUCAAAGUCUGGUUCUAUGUCAUCGGAUGCAUGUGGAAGUGCAUCGAUAACGUGGACGAGAUGGGCCAAUUCUUCAUCAUGGUUGCGCCAAUGAUCGAGCCUCGUCUAUACGAGGACCAGGAUAACGAGCAGCUUGCUGAUGUGCAGAAAUAUGAGAUUUGCUCCUUGCUGUUUCAUGAUACAGACAUACUCGUGAAGGCGGCUGUCCUUAUGAGACUAUGCGAUUUCCGGUCAUGUCAUCCCUCCGAGCUUCCGGACCGCUACGAUCUAUUAGCAAAGUCCUGUCUUUUUAUUCGUGCGUUCGUCCUCAGAGUCAUAUCAGGCAACACCGCCAUGCCGCGCAACACUGGGUCAUUGGCCGAUCCGGCCAAUGGCGACGAGUGUCUACAGGUUACCAAGGCGUAUCAGCCAAUCAAUCAGCUCAUUCACGAGAUCAUAGAUCAUCCGAUGGCACAAAACACUGGGUGUCGAGCAGUGCUUCAUUCUCUGUCGACGUAUAUCGUGGCAUAUGUUGUUCAAUCAGCGAUGCUGGGCAUCACACAUGCCGUGGACGAUAGUAGGAUUACAUCCCAGCCUCUCCCAGAGCACCACUGCGCCCCUUUCAACACUCAUCGUACCAAUGGCCCUGGGGCGGACUGCACGAUGUCUUUCGCGGGGCUUAGCCAGAGACUCGCCAUCAUGAUCUACCACAUCCCUGACCAGGGAGAUUGCACGAGGUGCCGCCUAUUGUAUCUGGUCGCGUUCCUCUUGAGCAUUGCGUCCAAUGGCGCCGACUCGGAGGCGUAUUUUACGCUCAAUGAGUUGUCUAUGAUAUGGCAGCCAUUCCUAGGACUUCUGCAUGUAGAAGGGCGUGAAGGAUUCAACCCUGUCCAUACGCUUAGCGGAGCAGUCCGCCAUCCUCCCGUCGAUUUCGUCAGAACCAUCAUCUCCCACGUAUUCGAUCACAGUGAGAUUCACCGUCUUCGACGUGAUCCAGGGCCUUCCAACGCGCCAACCGUCGGGGGGUUUCCUCGCACUAUCAGGUCCGAAUACGUCGACGUCAUGAACAACCAUCCCAUUCUUCUCGACGUGUUGAAGGACCUGGCGUUGUGGUCUGGAAUCUACCAUGAUGAUUGCACACAGACGUCAUGA